ACUAGAUAUCUUCAUUAUAGCCGUAACACAAUGUUCAGAUUCACACAACUUAACAGAUUCAUCGCAAGACCUGUGGGUCAAUUCGUUAGAAUGAACAGUACCAAUCAUAAGAUAAAUACCGAACUGUUUGUCUUCAAGUACCUCCAAGAGGGCCCUAAAGCAGUGAAAUUCACAAGCGAACACGAAUGGUUGGCCCUUCACGAAGAUGAUACUGGAUUUUUAGGAAUUACUAAAUACGCUAGUGAAGCUUUAGGGGAUGCCACCUUCAUUGAACUUCCAGAAGUGGGUGAUAAAUUUGAAGCUGGUGAAUCUAUUGGAAGUGUUGAAUCAGUCAAGAGCGCCAGUGAAAUCUAUUUACCAGUGGGGGGAGAAGUCGUUGCUAUCAAUGAUGUUUUGGAAUCAAACCCACAGUUGAUCAAUGAAGAUCCAAUGGGCGAAGGUUGGAUCAUCCAAGUCAAAUUGAACGAUCCAAGUUUAGAAGGUGUUGAAUUGUUGUCUGAAGAAGAAUACGAAUCAUCUUUACACGAGGCUUAAAUAUAUUCAUCUUACUCAAGUUAUUUAUCAUAUAUACAAUGAGAUAGCUAUCUCCAAAUACAAUGAUUAGAGAAAGCCACUCAUGAUAUAAUUCAUUACAUAUAUUCUUUUUUUAUUAUAUAAACAUACCUUUAUAAACCCUUAUAACAUUAUGGUUAUAAACAGACGCAGUGUACAAAGUACUGAUAAGUAAGUGACGAAGUUAUUAUUUUGCAAUUAGCUAAAAUGAACGGCAAUGGGAACAAUUAUGACAACCAACACAAUGAUGACUCCCAAAAUUAAACACAUUCUCAUCUUCAUGUCUUUCCACCACAUAUCCUUUCUGACUCUAUUAGCACCCCUUCUAAACCCUUGGGCACUAAUGGCUAAAUUGUCAGUUUUGUUUUCAAUCGAAUCUAACCUCUCUCCUCUUUCUGCCACCUUAUUGAUGUUGUCCCUCAUGAUACCAACAGUAUCAUCAAUUUGGGCCUGUAUGGCGGCAGUUCUGGAGUUUGAUUGAUCUCCAGUGGUCUGACUAGGGAUAUAUGGAUCGUAAGGAACUGACGAAGACAUUUCAAUUGUAACUUAAGUGUUCAAAGUUGACUUGUACAAGAAGAAAAAUCGAUUU